UCUCUCUCUCUAUCUGCGACUGCUAUUGGAUCGUGAAUCGUCAUCAAUAGCUCUAAUUUUCGAGGUAAAGAUGUCUGGGAAAGGCGCUAAAGGUUUGAUAAUGGGGAAAUCGCCUGCCCUGAGCAAGGAUAAAGAUAAGAAGAAAUCCGUCUCUCGUUCUUCUCGAGCUGGCCUUCAGUUCCCGGUUGGUCGGAUCCACCGUCUGCUCAAGACAAGAAUUGCAGCCAAUGGCAGAGUGGGAGCCACAGCUGCUGUGUAUACUGCAGCAAUCUUGGAGUAUCUGACUGCAGAAGUGUUGGAGCUUGCUGGUAAUGCAAGUAAGGAUUUAAAGGUGAAACGGAUUACUCCCAGGCACUUGCAGCUUGCAAUACGAGGAGACGAAGAACUUGAUACUCUGAUCAAAGGAACAAUAGCUGGUGGAGGUGUGAUCCCUCACAUUCACAAGUCUCUCAUCAACAAGUCUUCAAAGGACUAAUCUCCUACCUCUUAUACCAUGCAAAUUAUCAUCAUCGGGAGAGUGCUUGAGGAUCCUUUCUAAUCACCAUAUACUGCUGGUGAUAUUUUAUGGAUGGAUUUUUCCUCCACCGUAGCCAUGGCAAUAACAUUUGUUUGUCCCCUUAUAUUUUUUUUGGUGGCAUAAAGACAUGGUUUAUCUCCAUUUAAAUGGGAUCAUUCCAAAACAUGGAGGAUGGACAUUGUUGGCUUUAUUUCCAUAUUAUGUUCUUUUUAAAUGGCUGUUUUGGCUUCAGAAUUUGUUUCA